CGGGAAUAAUUAUGAAAACCAGGAAAUCGCUGUCACCGAGAUAAAUGCUGAUAAGUUAGAAAAACUAACAUUCCUUGAGUAGGUUAUCGAACGGAAAGCGUCCACAGGUGGAAGGAUAUCUGGAAACAGAGCACAGAUGAGAGAUUGUUCUUAUAUAAAGAACACUUGGGCCACUAGAAGCUAUCAUUCGGUACACAGCAUUCAAAGCUUUUAGUAAUCAAUCCACCAUCCAACAUCUCACUCAACGCACAAUGAAGGUAUUCAUCGCUAUCGUUAUCGUGGCACUGGCUGCUGGAGCAUGGGGUUUGACCAUUGAGCAGCAGAAAAAGGCUCAGGCUUACGCUGCUGAAUGUGUCAAAACCACUGGAGCUGCCCCGGAAUCGGUUGGUAAGCUGAAAAAGGGGGAUUUCACCGGUGCCGAUGAUAAGACAAAGUGCUUCUCGAAGUGUGUUCUGGAGAAGGCCGGAUUCAUGAAUGCCCAGGGUGACAUCCAGGAGAAGGUGGUCGUGGAAAAGCUCUCGGUAGACCACGACAAGAGCAAAGUGGAAGCUACCCUGAAGAAGUGUGGUCAAAAGGGUGCCAAUGCAUGUGAUACGGCGUUCAAUGCCUACAAAUGCUUCUACAAUACCAAGGCUGGACUAGUCUAGGCCGGAAGUGACUAUCUGUGAUUUGGGAAGAAGUUCUAGCGUUGAGUGGAUGUACCAUAUUUUUUUUGGUUUUAAAAUUCGAAAAACAUUUUAAUUUAUUCAAACUAAAGAAAUAAUAAAAUGAAUAAAAACAGUGAAA